AUGUCAAGCCAGAAAACAAUUGGUGUAAUGGUUUUAUGCAUGAUAAUGACAACAUUACAUGCAAGUGAAAUCGAUGACGUAACAUGUUCAGAGGCAAUUUCAUCUAUGUUGCCAUGUCUACCUUUUCUAGAGGGUUCUCUUCCACCAACACCAUCUGCUGACUGUUGCACUGGAGCUACUAAUUUGUUCAAUAAGGCAAACACAACUCCUGUUAAGAGAAGUGUUUGCCAAUGUCUUAAAGAUGCUUCAACUAAAUUUGCAUAUAAAUCAGAUAGGGCUGCUCACCUUCCUCAACUUUGUCACAUUCAAUUGUCAUUUCCAAUUAGCGCUUCAACUGAUUGUAGCAAGAUUCAAUGA